GCACCUGCCACCGCGGACCCCAAAGCACUUGACCACCGCUCCGCACGCAGGGUGUGCAGCCCCGCACUGCCGCACCGGGAGAGCUGCUGCGGCUGCCCGCCCCCACGGGCUCGCUCCUGGCCUUGGGGGCUCCUUACCCGCUCCCCGUCAAGGGCCCGUGGGCUGAGCCAGGUGGACGCGCUGGCUCGGGGCCUGAGCCUGUUGGAUUCACGUCCUCGCAACCCCGAGAAGGGCCGGAGCGUUGGCAGGCAGCGCCGCGGCCCGGCUGUGAAAUGCCUCCGCGCAGCUGGGAGAUCCUGGCCCGGCCCCUCCCAGCUGAUCGCGCCUGUUGCACAAGAAUAAGAGGCGCUGCGCAGCUGGGGGCAGCGGAGAACCAGGUAGAAGGUUGUCGGCGCUGCGCAGCUGGGGCGGGCAUCCAGGGCUCCUCCAGCGCCAUAGGCAGGCGAGUGCGGGGGGCAGGGCGGGAUUCAUACUUACUGAAGAUGUCAAACAUGGGAGUGAUGUCCACCUGCUUCUGUGUCCGUUCUUUUGUACACCUGCUUAGGCCAGGAGUGCAGAAAAUGGGCUAUUUCCAAAUGCACACUGCAUCCAGGUGUGCUGCUAAGAAUCACUACGAAGUGCUGGUGCUUGGCGGGGGCAGUGGUGGAAUCACCAUGAGUGCUCGGAUGAAGCGGAAAGUGGGAGCUGAAAAUGUGGCUGUUGUUGAACCAAAUGAGAAACAUUACUAUCAACCCAUGUGGACACUAGUUGGCGCUGGUGCAAAACAGCUGGCAACAUCUGGACGUCCGACAGCCAGCGUGAUUCCUUCAGGUGUAAAAUGGAUCAAAUCCAGUGUUACAGAGUUGGAUCCAGACAAGAACUGCAUCCAUUUAGCGGAUGACAAAAAGAUAUCUUACAAAUAUUUGAUAAUUGCCCUUGGGCUUCAACUGCAUUACGAAAAGAUUAAAGGUUUGCCUGAGGGUUUUAAUUAUCCUAAAAUAGGUUCCAAUUAUUCAGUCCACACAGUAGAGAAAACCUGGAAGGCUUUGCAAGAUUUCAAGGAAGGAAACGCCAUCUUCACUUUUCCAAACACUCCAGUGAAAUGUGGAGGGGCUCCUCAGAAAAUCAUGUACUUGUCAGAGGCCUACUUGAGAAAGACAGGAAAACGAUCCAAAGCCAACAUCAUCUUCAAUACUUCGCUUGGAUCAAUUUUUACUGUUCAGAAGUAUGCUGAUAGAUUGCUGGAGAUAAUUAAGGCUAGGAAUAUUGUUGUUAACUACAAAUGCAAUCUCAUUGAGGUUCGAGCAGACAAACAAGAAGCUGUAUUUGAGAAUUUGGACACACCUGGAGUGACUGAGGUUUAUCAGUAUGAAAUGCUUCAUGUCACACCACCUAUGGGACCACCUGAUGUACUCAUGAACAGUCCUGUUUCAGAUGCAGCUGGCUGGUUAGACCUAGAUAAGGAAACUCUGCAACACAAGAAAUACCCCAAUGUGUUUGGUAUUGGAGACUGCACCAACCUUCCAACAUCAAAAACAGCUGCAGCUAUAGCUGCCCAGUCUGCAGUGCUUGAUAAAACAAUUUCUUCAGUAAUGAAGAGCCAAUUGCCAACUAAAAAGUACGAUGGAUACACUUCCUGUCCCAUUGUAACAGGCUACGAUAGAGUGAUUCUAGCAGAAUUUGACUACAAUUCUCAGCCUCUGGAAACGUUUCCCAUUGACCAGAGUAAGGAGAGACUACUCAUGUACUACAUGAAAGCUGAUCUAAUGCCUUUUCUUUACUGGAAUGGAUUACUAAAAGGCUACUGGGGAGGUCCUGCUCCUAUAAGAAAUCUGAUGCAUCUUGGUUUCAAAUGAUGAUCCAAUCAACUUUGCUUACUGGCCAGAACUAAGGCUAAGAAAAGGAACAAUUUUUAAAAACACACACCUGUUCUCUCAAAAAUAAUAGCACAUACUUCUGUGGAUAUUGUACUUGAUUUAUCAAAGACCAGGUUUUGCUUCUGGUGAGAAUUAAACCUUGAAUUUAAAAGUAA